GUGAACUGGUCAGCCGUCAGAGCGACGAGUGAGGCUGGAUGGACGGGAUUGGGAACGGGAUAGGCACGAGCGGAAUUCGGCAAACCCAAAACCGUUAUCGCCUCCGCCAUUGACUCUUCUCUCGAAUCCAAAGCUCACGGCACAAAAAUCCUCCCGUUUUUUUUCUCAUUUCAUUCUCGGCGGCCUAGUCCUCUCCGUUUCCCUCCUUCCCCAUCACCUUGGUCUUACUCCUCCAUUCGAUCCGAACCCAUCCGAUUCGGAAGAGAGGUACUCACUUGCCCCAACCAAUCGAAGCAGGGCGAGCUCGACUUUGCGGCGCUAAUUCGUCGGCAGCUAGUAUCCCGCGCUGUGUGUUUCCCUCGUUCGUGUUCAGGUGGUGAUGCCGCUUGUGGAAUCGCCUCAAUGGCGCCGGAAGGCCACCGAUUUCUUCUCUUCAUCUAGCUUCAAGCUGAAGCAGGCAGGGCAAUCUGCAGGGGAUAAUAUAGCUGAUGUUGCCGGGAAGGUUGGAACAGUGGUGAAGAGUCGGUGGGCUAUCUUCCAGGAUGCUAGACAGCGACCGCCACCACCAGGAGAUACUGUGCAGGAGCGCUUCAUCUCUGCUGCUGCCAACACUGGAGUGAUUCUGAGGAAGGGCAUUUCAGAGACAAAGGAGAAGGUCGCGGUGGGAAAGGUCAAAGUUGAAGAGGCUGCCAAAAAAACUGCGGACAAAAGCAAAACUAUUUUGAACAAUAUUGAACGCUGGCAGAAGGGAGUUGCGAGCAAUGACGUUUUUGGUGUUCCUGUUGAAGCCACUGUACAACGGGAGCAAUAUGGUAAAGCUGUGCCUCUGAUACUGGUGAGGUGUGCAGACCACUUGGUUAUAUCAGGCUUGAGUAAUGAGUGCUUGUUCAAAUCUGAAGGUGACAGAAAAGUUCUUCAGCAACUAGUUUCACUUUACAAUGAGGAUUCGGGUGCAUCUUUGCCUGAUGGUGUUAGCCCUCUUGAUGUAGCUGCACUGAUCAAGUGCUACCUUGCCAGCAUCCCCGAACCGCUUACAACAUUUGCUCUUUAUGAUGAGCUUAAAGACGCGAGGGUUAGCAUUGAUGAUCUUAAGAACAUACUGAAGAAGCUUCCAAAUGUGAACUACAUGACACUAGAAUUUGUUACAGCAUUGCUACUGAGAGUAAGCCGUAAAUCAGCACUCAACAAGAUGGACUCUCGUACCCUUGCUGUGGAGUUCGCACCUUUGAUCAUAUGGCAGCAAGGGGAUUCUGGAACAGAUUUACGGAAUCAUCUCAGAUUCACACUGAAACCACCUCCAAAAAUUGUGGACGCGACGACAAGUACCACUACAUGGGACUUGCUAGAUGAGGAUGAUGUGGAUGCUUCGUCGCAAAUCCCCUUGGACGAUGGUUCGCCUCUAGACUAUGGUGCUAUUGAGGUGAUUCAAUGCUUAAUUGAGCAUCACAAUCCCAUAUUCACGGAUGCAAACGAGACUGUAUGGAGAUGACCUGACCUGGCCGGCUCCUCUUUAGAUUUCUGUGGUAUUUAGCUCGUGCUAUGUACAAGUUCCAGGUAGUAGGAUGGAGUGGAGUGCCGCGAAUAAGUCUAGUCUUGGGGAAGCAUUUUGGUCCAAACUUUUUUUUUGUGGGAGUAAAAGUUGGAACUGUAUAUAUUAAUUGUCCACAUGACAGAGUUGUCUUGUGGGAUUUGCCUCGACAUGGCUCGUCAAUAAUGUACCAUGAUUCUUGUGCUGUAUGUCACUACUUGGGUUGUAGACAAAUUGCUGGACGUGGACGCAUUUGCUAAAUUCACUUCAGGCAAUUACCAAUCA